UGCCAUAAAUAUGGACUUACCCUUCUGUCAGCCAAUUCAAUCCUUUCUGCAUUACUGUCCAAGCCCUUUAUUAACCCCAUGUACUGGUUACUAGGGCAUUCAGUAUUGGCAUUGCAUCUCUAUUGCGGUUGAAUUAAAUUCCCAUUUUCUAAAACACAAAUUUGAAGAGCAGAGAGAGAAACAUAUCCCAGUUGUAAGAUGAAUGAACUGCAGAACAAGAUCUGGAAGGUGCUUCUCAAGGAAACAAAGAAAGAAAACCUGCGGCAUGGAGAUCACAUCUACACAUGGACACGAGCCAAUGCAAAAGACCACGGAAUAUAUUUGGAUGAUGAAUGCGUGAUCCAUUUCAUAGACGAUCAUCAUGGUGCAUGUCAAAAUUGCAUAAACCGUGAUCGAUCAAUUGUUCAUGGUGUGGUCUCUUCCUGCAUAGAUUGUUUCCGUUCUGGUGCAGAUCAUCUCUACCUCUUUGAAUAUGGUGUUAAUCCAGCUCUCAUCCUCGCAAAACCCGGAGGAGGUACAACUCUUGCGCUUGCUGACCGACCUGAGGCUGUGCUGGACCGUGCACUUAAUUUCCUUACUAGCAAUGACUCCAAUAGCCACUACCGUUUCAUAAACAAUGGUAAAGACUUUGCAAUUUAUUGCAAAACAGGCUUGCUAGUGAUAGAUAACAUAAAUUUCAGCAGAAGUUGGCAAGCUGCAGCAUUUUUCUCGGCUGUUACCGUCACGUUCUUUCUUUUUCUGCAGCAAAGCACAGCUGCAAAUUUUACUGGUGUGGCUGCCAUAUGUUUUGGCUUAUACUGUAUUUAUAGAUUUGGUUCUGAUAUCGGAGCCCGUCCUAAUGUUAUUAACGUGGAUCGAGUAGAGACAUUGCCUGAUGUUGAUAAGAAAAUGUCUUCUGCUGCGUCGGGCUUCAGACCUAUUCAAUCCUUAAUUGACCUGUUCAUAAUAUUGCUGAUGACUCAUUUCAAUAUUCAGUUGCUGUUAACAGUACGAACGUGGUCUGAGCCUCUUCAACUGCUGUCCGAGACUCCUCGAGUGGUCUGGAUUCUAGCAUGUAUCAUACUUUUCUACCUAGCAAUAUUACAAAAUAGGCUGAUUUCGAACAAAAUACAUAAAAAGCAGCUGAUGCCUGGAGAUCACAUCUACACUUGGAGGCGCAACUCCAACAGUACCUAUGCCCAUCAUGGUAUAUAUGUCGGUGAUAGUGACAGAGAAGUGAUCCACCUCGUCCGUGGAGGAGACCCUAUUUUACCCAGUUUAGCUUCAUCCCAUUCAUCAGACAUUCCCAUAAGCACUAGCUCCGCAAUGGAAAGUCGUGUAGAAUAUUGCAGCCUAGACAGUUUUCUUAGUGGUGAUGAACUCUAUCUCUAUAAAUAUGGUGUUAGUCUUGCUUUCUUUAUCGCCAAAUUUCUAGGUGGUACUUGUACCCUUGGCUCUACUAAUCAGCCCAACACUGUUACGAACCGUUCCCGCCAGGAGCUGAACAAUGGUUUUGGAACUGGUGCCUACAACCUUCUCAACAACAAUUGCGAAGACUUUGCAAUAUAUUGCAAAACAAAUUCGCCUCCAAGAAAAUUAAUUAUUAACCUUGGCAGGAAUGGGCAGAUAGUAACUUACUUUGGUGUGUUUUUUGCUAUCCUCAUUUUCAUAAUUGCAUUCUAGCCUAGCAAUCCUAUUGGUGUGGCAGCUACUGUUUAUUUCAUCUACUCUGUUGUUAGAUUUGUUGCUGAUGCUACACAUUGUGGGCAAGCUUAUCAAGUUACACUAAAGAUAUUGCCACCUUGGAUAAGUCCUGGUCGUUUUCCGGUAGUGGCUCAAUUCAUGCAUCUUGAAGGCAAGAUUGUGAUAUUCUGAAAGAGAAUCAAAGAAAGUAAAAUCGUGGAUUAAUUUAUGAUUUAUGUAGGAUUUAUAUGGCGUUAUUGGUUGAGUUUUAAUUUUUAAUCAAUGAUACUUGCUGUUUUGGAUGUUAAACAUAUAACCCUGAAAUUUUUGUUGUGAUUUAGUAUGCAAGUAUUUAUUCUGAAACAGCCUUACCUUUUCUUAGGCUCACCUUAAACUAGUAUUAUAUUUUU